CAUAAAUCAGACGCACAUUAUACUCCAUUUGCGCUGUUCACCGUUCUGAUUACCGUCAUAAGCAGAUUGCCCACUACUUCUCCUUUACUUUGCCACAGAAAUUAUAAACAACUAUGACAGUCAUGAUGUUCUACAGGCAAACCAGACUGCUCAGCAAAGGGCCCAAUGUGUCUCCAUAAAGUCCCUGGCUCCCAGAAAGCCCACAGGAGCACAGGUAUCACCCAGAGCCAGCGGUGCUCGUUUGGAGCAUAGAAGUUCACUGGAAUAUCGGCUGUAGCGUCCCAGCGCCCCUCCCCGUCGAUUUAAUACCGCGUUCCUUUCGUCCUUCGGAAAUCAUAUUGUUUGAGAUUGCUUCCCCUGAGAACAGGAAGAAGUCGUUAAGGGAAAGAGACAGAGACUAAUACAGCGGCCUCUCCCUGGCAGUUUCUGUGCUUCGUGGAUGAAAAUACAUGACAUGUAUAUAAAAGAAUAAGUUUAGACCAUGUUAACUGAUUAAUCUCCCUUGGUUGCUGUUCGCCUGAUAUCUGGUUUAUAUACAAGUGUGGAAAACUGUUGUCAGUAAUGUCCGAUAAAAAUGUCGCCUCCUGCUAUUGUGCAGGCUGUGCUCUCCCCCCUCCUCCCCUGGACUCCAAGUCUGUUUGUGAUUUACAUCCAGUAAAGAUCCCCAGCUUUAUCCAGUCAAGCCUUUGAGCCAAUUCCCUUCAGUUCACCAGCGGACGAUCCAACUGGUCUGCAACCUGUGACCAGUCUGACGUUAUCGCGCAUUAGGCAAAAUGCUGGAAAACAAGUGUCAGACCACAGACUUUCCUAUGCUAUGUAUCGGCGUAUCAGACUCGGGCGCGGACAGAGUUUGGACAUCUCCUCUCCCACAUGUUCUCGUGGGGGUGUCUUGUUUCCCACCUCUCCAUGUUGUACUGAUAAAGAGCACAACGCUCUGAUUUUCCAUCUUAUUGCCAUAUAUAUACUUCACAGAGACACAGAGGGAGGGGGAGAGACAGACAGAGGGACAAAUGGUCCUGGUCAGUUAGACCAUCUCUCUCUCUCCCUCUCUCUCUCUCACACACACACACACAUAACCAGUGCGAGUGUCAGCCGAGGAUUUCAGAUCCCUGCACAUUGGACUGUUUAGCAGAAGUUAGUCUGUGGGGGAAAUGGACACAACCGCUUAUGGAUUACACAUGGAGGGAGAUGAGGGACGCCUCUCUCUCCUCCCGCUCUAAUCUUUGUUUCCCAGGUGUGUGCUCAGCCCGUGAGCAGCGAUGGGGGAUUGGAGUCUCCUGGGGAAUUUCCUAGAGGAGGUCCAGGAACACUCCACCUCAGUCGGGAAGGUUUGGCUCACCAUCCUCUUCAUCUUUCGCAUACUUGUGCUGGGCACGGCGGCCGAGUCCUCGUGGGGCGACGAGCAAAGCGAUUUCCUGUGCGACACUCAACAGCCCGGUUGCACCAACGUGUGUUAUGACAGCGCCUUCCCCAUCGCCCACAUCCGUUACUGGGUGCUGCAGAUUGUUUUUGUCUCCACGCCGUCCCUCAUCUACAUGGGGCACGCCAUGCACAUAGUGCGCAGGGAGGAGAAGCAGCGGAGGAGGGAGCAGGAGGAGAGGGAGGCAGGAGGUGACGGUGGUGGAGACCUCGAGGGGGAGAAGGAGUACCUCCAGCAGAAGGAGAGCGCGAAGGAGAUGGCACCUGCAUCAGGCGGGAGUGUCCGUAUUCACCUGAGAGGGGCGCUGCUGCAGACUUACAUCCUGAGCAUCUUGAUCCGCACAGUAAUGGAGGUGACGUUCGUUGUUGUGCAGUACCUGAUCUAUGGGGUGUUCCUCAAAGCGCUGUACCUGUGCAAGGCGUGGCCCUGCCCCAACCCAGUCAACUGCUACAUGUCCCGCCCCACAGAGAAGAAUGUCUUCAUCAUCUUCAUGCUGGUGGUGGCCGGCGUGUCUCUACUGCUGUCUAUUUUGGAGCUCUACCACCUCGGUUGGAAGAGUGUCAGAAGGUGCGUACGCAACAAAGUGAUCCAGAGGAAGAACCAGAAAGCUGUGACAGUGGCCAUGUCUGCAGCUUUAGAGCCAAACAGCCCCCCGCGGCCCGCGGUUGCCUGCACCCCACCCCCCGACUUCAGCCAGUGCCUGGCAGCCCCGAGCUCCAUGAACGCCAUGACCUCCAUGGCCUCGCAUCCCUUCAACACCAGGAUGGCGCUGCAGCAGAACUCAGUCAACUCGGCCACCGAGCGGCAUCACAGCUGCGAGAACCUGGAGGACGAGGAAGACUUCCUGAGGAUAAGAUAUGACCAGGCUCCCAUGGAGCUGCCCAACAGCUGUGCCCCAUCGCCUCUGCCGCACUCUGGCUACAUGAAGGACAAACGCCGCCUCAGCAGGACCAGUGGGACCAGCAGUCGGGCUCGCCAGGGUGACCUGGCAGUAUGAGGCUCACAGCUGGAAUGAGUGGCUGACAAGGGGAGAGGAGAGCGGGUUGGACCUUCAAAGAAAAGUGACGGAGGGAUCAGUUUAGCAGGACACAAAUACGGAUUUCAGGAUGUGAACACACUAUGCAACCUGGCACAAAGAAGUCAGGCCUAUAGACUCUAGAUGACCAUAGAAGAUGGACUGAGAAUCUACAUUAGAAAGAUACACUGAGAUCUGUGAGUGGACCAUGUGAACUGGACGUGUGUGAGCUCUGUGAGUGGACAGUCUGUCGCAGAGCUGCGGGGGGGGGGGGGGGGGGAAUGACAACCAAACUGCAAAAGGAAAACCAUUUUGAAAUGAGAACAGGGUAACAGGUGUGAUACCUGACUAUUGCACAUUUUAUGUUUUACCAAAAACUAACUGAGUGAAAGAGACAAGAAUGACAUGAUGCACGGUGCUUGGUGUGAGCUGACUUAGGGAAUCGUUCAUGGUAAAGCAAAAAUAUUACACACAUCUCAACUAUUCAAUUAAAAUACUUCAAAUAGACUUUAAAUAAAUAGCACAACCAAGAGUGUCACUGCUAAAAAACUUGCAAAGAACUUGAUGGACAAUAAACUGUGAAGGUUGCUGCACAUUUGCAGUGAAUCAAGGUUAAGUGCCUUAUCAAAAGUUUUAAAAAAAAAUCCACAUGAAGCAUUUUUAUAUAUAUAUUUUCCCCAAAGGCCAUGGUAAAGCUGUAACUUUAAAUUAAUCCACGUGUUUACUUGAUUGCACUAUACAGUACCUGCGGGUCAACAAACAACAUGUAACACAACAAUAAUAACCUAAUAAUCUUUUUAAAAAGUGUGAGAAAAACUUAAUUCGAAAUUCAUGUAUUCGACAGGACUCUUUGUGUGCAGAGGUGGUGAGAGAAAGUAGCCAGUUUGAGGAUUUUCCCGUUGAAAGGGGAUUUAAUGAAAAAGAAGAGGUCCUGCCUGGACGGCGGUGAUGAGGAGAUCCAGCCACUCGGUGGCAACAUUGCACUAAUGUUUUUCAGUUUUUUCUCCUGGAGCCAUUGUGUAAAUACUGAGUUUGUCCCGAUGCAAUGAUCUAUGUUAGAGUUAACGUAUUUGAAUGUGUUUCAUAUUAUCUCUGUUGUAUGUUCUUCUUGUAUGCAGUUUGUGAGCGAACGUCCUUGCAAAUGGAGGUUUUACGUUUUUAUCCUACAUAUGUAUUCGACAAUCACUCGUCUAAGAAAACAGAAAUCUUGUUCAGCCGACAGCUGCAGUUGUUGGCUCCUUCACAGACAUUUAUGCAAUAAAUGUCGUCACUAACCCAUCACUAAGCAAUAAAUCAUCAACUGUACAGUC